ACACCUACCUAGGUAACCACAGUACACACACCGGCAAUGAUCAACUCGGUAUAGUAAUUCGCUUUCGUGAUCCAACAAUAAAAAUGACCGGUAGUUUUCUCGGCAGCGUGAUUCUUUUAGUGAUAACUUUAUUUAUAUUUUUAUAUCGACAGUAUCGUAAGGCUCGUGAGUACUUCGAUGAAAAUGGCAUACCUUACCCGUCACCCACAUUCUUGGUGGGCAACAUUGGUCAAGCGUUCUCGCAAAAGAAACCAUUGCCAAUAAUACACGAAGAAGUGUAUAGGCAAAUGGAACCACAUAAGUACGCCGGAUACCUCCAGUUUCAUAAACCUUUUAUUAUGAUACGUGAUCCGGAGCUUAUCAGGGACGUAUUGGUGAAAGAUUUCGCAUAUUUUCAAGAUCGAGCUAUUCCCAUCAAUCCUAAGGUGGAUCCUAUCAGCAAUAAUUUAUUAACUAUGAAAGGAGAUGAAUGGAAAAACCACAGAAUCAAACUAACCAGCACAUUUACCAGCGGCAAAAUGAAAAUCAUGUUCCCACUAGUGAAAGAAUGCGGCGACAAGUGCGCCAAACUUUUGGAAACCAUGACCACGGAAGCAUUCAAUGUCAAAGAGCUUUGCGCCAGGUACACGUGCGACGUAAUAGGCACUUGUGCUUUUGGAAUCGAAACUCAUUCGCUCGAAGAUCCUAAUUCGCAGUUUUUAAAAAUGGGCAAUCGCGUGUUCGAGUUCAGGUAUCGAAAUCUCAUAGCAGGAGCCUUUCCCAAAAUGCCCGCGAGUAUAGCGAGAUUUUUCAACUUACGAUUUGUCGACAUCACUAUACAGAAUUUUUUCAUUUCCCUCGUCGAUAAAACUGUCGCAUACAGAGAACAGCACAAAGUCACUCGUUACGAUUUCAUCGAUUUAUUACUAUCGCUGAAACACGAAACCAUGGGCAAAUACCACGAUCAACACGAACAAGAAGACGUCAGUCGUUUCCUGUCGCAGAUUGGCGAUAAGCAUUCCAAAAGCAAAAUAGAUAUGACCAUAAAUACAAUGGCGGCUCAAUGUUUCAUAUUUUUCGGAGCUGGUUACGAGACCUCUUCGACAGCUCUGGGAUUUCUCAUGUUGGAGUUGGCACUUCAUCAAGAUAUUCAAGAUAAAGUUAGAAACGAAGUGAAUACCGUAAUCGCUAAUGAUCCAGAAGGACUCACCUACGAAUCCUUAAGAGAGAUGCAUUACGUAGAUAUGGUUAUUUCUGAGCUCUUGCGAAAAUACCCACCAACUGGAUUCCUAUUACGAGAAUGCAAUCAAGAAUACACUAUUGCAAAUACCAAAACAGUGAUACCCAAAAAUACUCCGGUUACUGUACCAGUCUACGGUAUUCAUAACGAUACGAGAUAUUACGAAAAACCACAUGAAUUCUAUCCCGAGCAUUUUACCAAAGAAGCCAUCGCUAAGAGACCUCAUUACACGUAUUUACCAUUCGGCGAAGGUCCCAGAAAUUGCAUAGGUGAACGAUUCGCCAAAAUGCAGGUGAAAAUUGGAUUAAUCAGCAUGAUACGAGAUUUCAAAUACGAGCUUUCUUCGAAGACCAUCCUUCCUGUGGAAUAUCAACAACAUUUCAUUAUUUUAAAAGCGAAAAAUCCUAUAUGGUUACAAUGUAAACAAAUCAGUCGUCAAUAAAUUUCAUUUUUAUACA